ACGCUUCACAUAUCUAAUGAGCUUGACUGGCUGGUUUCAUACCGCAGCAAAACAUCCUCUAUAAUGGCGGUAUCGAUAGCAACCGAGCGGCAUUGACCGGCGAUUUCACCAGCAGCCAGCAAAAGAAAACACAUUGCACGGCCUGGCUAGCUCUCUUGCUUUCUCCAUGGCCAGCUGGAAAACGCAAGUGGAAUAAUGAAUGUAACGAAUAAACUGCAUGGGUACCUGUCGGAACUAACGUUAGCUAACUAGCUUUAUUUAUUUGGAGUUCGUAGUGGUCGUUGCUACUGUUAGCUUGCUUGCUAACGUUAGCGCAUUCACUUGCGGAAGAUGGAAAGUGUGCGGAUAGUGGCUGGGGAGAGGAACCGAGUGGAGGUGGAUGCCCUGUUAACAUCAGUCGGAAUAUUAGACUCGGAAAUUGGACAAAUAAGAAGUGGCAGCAAGUUUUUAAAGGCCAGUGGUGGUGCACUCUUCCCCGCUGGAAAAAUAACUGCGACGGGGGAAGAUGAUGGCGGGAGCGGGGAGACAAAACUCUUGGGACUUGCUACCACCUCCCUACUUCACAUAGCGAUACGGAACGGGAUUUACCAAAACCAGGCUGCUAACGCCACCAGUAGUGCUGCCAAUCUCAACAUGACCACCGGUAAAACACCCAACAUCUACAGCCUCGUAUCGGUCAGCAGCACCAGCGUGAACUCGUUGUUGACCAGGAGACGGCGGCACAAGAGGAACCUCUCGGCCGCAGCUUCGACAACCUCAAGCUCACCCACAGUCUCCUCCGUUGGGGGAGUGAGACCCACACUGUCCGCCUCGUCUGUCAACAACACACUGAGCCUGGAUAGAAAGACCUUGCUUCGCCAGAAGCAGGCGAAGCAGCUCCAGCCCAACGACAAGGCGUGGGUCCGAGCUGACCUCCAGCAGGGUUGUAUCCACGUCCAUGACCAACUCACGCCCUCCUACCCUCGGGCGGUACUAUGCACCGUGGACACCACCGCUGGGGAGAUAGCGGCUCGUCUGGGGCAGCUUGGAGGUAAAUGUGGAGGGAUACUAAGAAUGACUCGCAAAACAAGUGCUUAUGUUGACCUGAACGGUAACUGCAAUGGUAGCCAUGGGCAUAUUGACUACCUACUUGGUGUGAAUAAAAGUAACAACGUGAAGACCUCCUACCCAGGUUCUGUGAUCUCCUACUCAGGGUCAAAGGAGAACCAACCAGUCUCUCCAAUCAAGCGGCUUCAUAUCAAUAACAACCAUGCUCAAUAUUACCUGGAAACAAAUAUAUUACUUUCUGACUACAAGAUACCAAGCACCUCUUCCUCUGAGGUUUAUCUAAAUGACAGUGAGGGUGCAGACAUGGGCCUGAGUGGGGCCGACAGUUGUGGACUGUACUCAGGCUCAGACAUGGAGAGUAGCACCUUUGAUGAUUUGAGCCCCGGUGGUCCGCGGCCGAGCCAACACCGGGACUCCCUCAGUGAUGCUGCUGUCCUAGGGACAAACUCCUCAGUGCUCAGCCCGAACUUUGAUUCCGCCACGGAUGAAUUGGACCCGUUUGGGAGUUCCUCAGACGAGGUUGAGCUUGACCCUUCCCCGACACACUCAGCCAGCAUCCCCACUGUCACUCAGCAACAGACCCUGGAGGGGAAAUCCAUGCACGUCCCCUCAACUGAUGCCUGCAAAGCUCCUGAAAACAGGCUAUCAAAGUCAAACCACCUGGAAGACAAAAACACUGCUGAUGAAGAUGGAAAAACAGGUAGCACUGGAGGAGAACCCAGACUGAUCAAUCCCCCGUCAAGCUGCGGCAGUAGUGGCAGUAACUCACUGGCCCGACCUCUGACUGGCAGAGCAGCUGUUGAGCGUGACCUGGUCAUUUCAGGGGAGCAAAGAGGGGUCCCGGGCCCAGAGAAAGCCUCCCCAGCACCGGCCCUCUUCGCCCAGCUGCACGGUGGAGCUAUGAGGAGGCUGGAGGAUGAUGAGAAGCCUCUGCAGAUGCAGAAUGAGUACCUCUCCAAUCUGGGCUAUGGAGACCCGUGGCGGGUACAGGAGGAGGGUAUGGACCCAGAAAUAGGCUGUCUCAUACGCUUCUACGCAGGUAAGCCGCAGUGUGUGGGUGGAGCAGACCGGGUGCAGCUGACGGGUGUGUUUAAUGUGAGGAAGGGUAAGCUGGCCCUGCCUGUCAACCGGUGGUCACGACGACACGUCACCCUGAGUGGCACCUGUCUCAUCGUCUCUUCCGUCAAAUAUGCUCACACCGGCAAGAUGCACAUCCUGCCCCUCAUCGGUGGAAAGGUGGAGGAGGUGAGGAGACAUAGUCACUGUCUAGCCUUCAGUUCUUCUGGUCCCCAGAGUCAGACCUACUACAUCAGCUAUGACUCCUACACGGAACACCUCCGCUGGCACAGACAGGCUGCCAAGAUAGUGUCUCAGAGGGUGAGUUCUGUGGACCUGUCAUGUUGCAGUCUGGAGGAGCUGCCAUCUCAGCUGUUCUACAGCCAGGACCUGACCCAUCUCAACCUCAAACACAACUAUCUGACGGGCCUCACACAUCUCACCAGGUUCUGCAGGUUGAGGAGCCUCAAUCUCUCUAACAACGCUCUGUCUGACUUCCCUCUGGCCGUGUGCGACAUCACCUCCCUGACAGAGCUCAACCUCCAAGGCAACCUUCUGACCUCUCUGCCCUCCGCGCUGGGGACCAUGCACAACCUGCAGACCCUGCUUCUGGACGGUAACUCUCUGAACUCCCUGCCUGCUGAGCUGGGCUCUCUGGAGGCCCUGACCUACCUGGGCCUGUCCUUCAACCUGUUCAGCUGCGUACCUCCAUCCCUGGAGCGGCUCAGGGGGGUCGAGAGGCUCUGUCUGGCUGGGAAUCAGCUCUCCUCCCUGGAUAUGGCCGGCCUGCAGUGGCUCCCCCACCGACACAUAGAUCUCAGGUUGAACAGGCUCCAGAGGGUGGUGGUUGGGGAGGCUGGCCUGCUGAGCCACGUGGCCCAGUUAGAUGUGCGGGAUGCUGGGUUGGAGGAGCUUGACGUCAGGACCCUAUCCAGGCUGGAGCUCCUACGCUGUGACAGAAACACACUCACACUCCUUAGAGUCAGCGGCCUAGCACUCAAGGGCCUGCACACAGCACAAAACGAGCUGAGAGCGCUGGAGGUGUUUCCUGUUCCAGAGAGCCUCACUGUUGUGGACGUGUCCAGGAACCAUCUGGACUGUGUGCCUGACUGGGUGUGUGAGAGCACCCGACUAGAGGUCCUGGACAUCAGCCACAACAACAUCAAAGAGCUACCCAUACGUGCUGGUGGGUGUAACGGUUGCGGUAGAUACACUGAGCGGCUGGAGAAAUCUCAGCUAGAGGUUCUAGAUGUACAACACAACCUGCUAACUGAGCUACCACACAACCUCUUCAUUAAGGCCCAGAGCUUGCGCUACCUGAACGCAUCAGCCAAUAAGCUGGAGUGCCUCCCUCCAGCCAGCCUAUCAGAGGAGAGCUUCAGCAGCCUGCAGGAGCUGUAUCUGACCAAUAACAGCCUGACGGACAAGAGUGUCCCUCUGCUGACUGGUCACGCCCACCUCAGGGUGCUGCACCUGGCUUACAACCAGCUACAGACCUUCCCAGCCAGUAAGAUGGCGCGGUUGGAGCAGCUGGAGGAACUGGACCUCAGUGGGAACAGGCUGAGAGCGGUGCCCACCACCAUCCUGAGCUGCAGGCACAUGCACACACUCUCUGCCCACUCCAACAACAUCACUGUCUUCCCUGAGGUCCUCCAGCUUCAAGACAUGAAGUGUGUGGAUCUGAGCUGUAAUGAGUUGUGUGAGGUAGUCCUCCCAGAGUCUCUGCCUGCUAAACUACAGGAGCUAGACCUGACAGGCAACCCCCGCCUCAACCUGGACCACCGGAGCCUCGAGCUGCUCAAUAACAUUAGGUGUUUCCGUGUGGACCCAUCUCCCUCCUCUUUGUGUGGCAGUGAGGGGCCCGGGGAGCCUGCAGUCUGGAGCCACGGAUACACAGAGGCCUCUGGGGUCAACAACAAGCUGUGUGUAGCAGCCCUGGCGUUGGAUAGUUUCUGUGGAAGCAGGGAGGCUCUGUACGGGGUGUUUGACGGAGACCGGAACGUUGAGGUGCCCUACCUGCUGCAAUGCACCAUGGGAGACGUGCUGGCCGAGGAACUACACAAGAGCAAGAACCAAGAGGACUAUAUGACCAACACCUUCCUCACCAUGCAGAGGAAGUUGGGCACGGCAGGACAGAGGCUGGGAGGGUCCGCGGCCCUCUGCCACAUCCGUCAUGGCCUAGUUGCCCCAAGCGACCGUGGCGGCGGGGGCUGUUUCACGGUGACCGCGGCUAACGUGGGAAGGUGUCAAGCAGUUCUGUGUCGUGAUGGCAAGGCCCUCCCUCUCUCCACCACACACACCGUCAGACAGCAGUCAGAGUACCAAAGAGCACGCCAGCACCAUGCUAUCAUCACUGAGGACAACAAGGUGAACGGAGUGACGGACUCCACCAGGAUCAUGGGCUACUCCUUCCUGUGUCCCGCCGUGACCCCACGACCCCACGUCUCCACGGUAACCCUCACCCCGCAGGAUGAGUUCUUCAUCCUGGCCAGCCGGGGCUUGUGGGAUACCAUGUCCACCUGCGAGGCAGUGGAGGCAGUGCGUAACGUCCCAGACUCCCUAGCAGCAGCCAAGAAGCUGUGUACGCUGGCGCAGGGCUACGGCUGUCCUGACAGUCUGUGUGCUGUGGUGGUGCAGCUGAGUAUCACUGAAGACUGCUGCUGCUGUGAGCCCCCACCACCCCCACCCAGCCCCGGCCUGGAAACACAACACACACACACCGCUGGUAACACACACCACCACCCCGGCUACGGCUCAGCAGAUGGAACUCUACCAUUACCGCCUCCGGCGAUGGGGACAGGAAGUGAGGUCAGCAGUGAGGUCAGCACGUCGGAGAUGAGCAGUGAGGUGGGGUCGACGGCGUCGUCGGACGAGCCAGCCAAUCAGACGGAGAAGGGCGUGGGGGCCCUGGGGGGUCGCGGGGGGGUGCUGGGGCGGGGAGCGGGGGUGUAUGGAGGUGGAAGAGCAUCGUUCCAGAGGCAGUACUCCGGGGCUCUGUCUGACAAUGGGCUGGACAGCGAGGAUGAGGAGCCUAUAGCUGGGGUGUUCUCUAAUGGGAGCAGAGUGGAGGUGGAGGCUGACAUACACUGUCUGAGAGCACGGGCCAGCUCUAUACCAAUACCCCACACACACCUUGAGCCUGACCCACACACACACCCUGACCCACACACACACCCUGACCCACACACACACCCUGACCCACACACACACCCUGACCCACACACACACCUUGACCCACACCCUGACCCACACCCCGACCCACACCCCAACCCUGACCCGCACACACACCCCAACCCUGACCCGCACACACACUCUGACCCACACCCCAACCCUGACCCCCCUGACCCGCACACACACCCUAACACCUCUCACACACACCCUAACACCUCUCACACACACCCUAACACCUCUCACACACACCCUAACACCUCUGUCACACAGCAGCCUGAGCCUUUACCUCCACCCUCCUGCCAAUCAGCCCCCACCCCACCCUCGUCCCCCCCUCAUCCGUUUCCUGACCAUCAGCCCAGCCCUGACCCUAGCCCUGACCCUGUAGGAGAAGAGGAGCUGAGGGCUGUAGAGACAGACACUGUAACACCCAAACACACUGUUCAGGGACAGGAGGUGGGGCCUGGAGAGACUGGAGCAGGGUUGUGUGUGAUUGGUGGAGAGGCGCAGUUAGGUGCGGGCUCAGGCUCUAGCUCAGCCAGUAGGACUCUGGGUGGGACUCUGGGGCGUAAGGGGCGGGGUAACGGCUCGGUGGCGUGUCAGGGGCGGAGCCAGGAUGUGAUAGAGGAGGUGGGCGACGCUCCCGUCCGGAAACAAGGAGGUUACUUCAACGCUCCGGCCCAGCCGGACCCUGACGACAAGCUCGUCAUUCCUCCCGAGCUGGAGGAGGAGAUCCGGGAGAUCAUGAAACAACAACAGGAGCAGAGUCAGACACACCCCCAGUCACCGCCUGCAGCAGAAUACUACGUCACGCCCUUCUAGCUCACCAGACCGUUCUGGUACAACCCCUUCACAGCACAUUAGACCGCGCCUGUGAAGAAUCCCUGCUACGGCUAUUAUAGAAUGUCUGGAGAGGAGUUCCUGUAUGGGUGUGUCCCAAAUGACACGCUGUUCAAUAUCCCAAUGAAUGGGAUCAGAGAUUGAGGAGUUACGGGGGAAACAUGCACAGCCCCCCGCAAAACACACCGACCCUCCUGAAGACUGUCCUGAAGAUGCCUCAUACCUGCUAAUGGCCAGCAAUAGUUGUUUUAUUCUGUUAUCAUUUUAUAUUCCUAACUAUAUGACCCCAGGAAAUACAAUGCAUUUUUAUAAACACAGGCAUUAUUUACUUGCUUCACAAAGUUCAAGUUAAUAUAAUUAAUAAAUUUUUUAUCAUAUUUUGUGAUGAAUGUAGGAAUUGAUUAAGCACUUUUUUUAUGCAGAGACUUUUAUUUGAACUAAUUAUAAAGCUGAAUGAUAUAUUCUGCUAAACUGACUGAACUAUUAUAAAGCUGAAUGAUACAUUCUGCUAGACUGACUGGACUAUUAUAAAGCUGAAUGAUACAUUCUGCUAAACUGACUGGACUAUUAUAAAGCUGAAUGAUACAUUCUGCUAGACUGACUGGACUAUUAUAAAGCUGAAUGAUACAUUCUGCUAGACUGACUGAACUAUUAUAAAGCUGAAUGAUACAUUCUGCUAGACUGACUGAACUAUUAUAAAUCUGAAUGAUACAUUCUGCUAGACUGACUGAACUAUUAUAAAGCUGAAUGAUACAUUAUGCUAGACUGACUGAACUAUUAUAAAUCUGAAUGAUACAUUCUGCUAGACUGACUGGACUAUUAUUGCUAGAGAGCUGUUUUCUUUCUGCCAGCAAGGCAGCCUGACUGUGGCUCCCUCCCUAAUGGCACCCUGUUCCCUAUUACAGAGCCCUGGUCAAAAGUAGUUCACUAUAUAGGGAAUUGGUUGCUAUUUGGGACACAGACUGUGUAUGGUUGCCUGUAGGCCUCUAAAGUAGACUGAUGCUGAGAGACAAACUAAAUCCUAGGAGUUGCAUACUCUUAAGUGUGACCUAAUAAUUGACGUGUACUAAUCUUCUCUAAGAGAAAAUACUUUUUUUAUUUCAGAAGAUUGUUGACACAGACAGAUGUCUGAGGAAAGGAGGGAGGGAGAGAUUGACGGGGGGGCAUAGGUAGAAGUAUAAGGACUGGGGAGAACACUGGAAAGGGGUGGGAAUACUGGUAUUAUGCAGCUCAAUGAAUGUGUGGGGCCUAUGUGAUCUAAUGAACUCACUUCAACAAAGGCAUUGUUGUAUCUAAGCUAAUCACACAGGAAAGCUACUUUUUCUAUAAUAAAUCUAAAUUUUCAAAUAAUCA